GUUUACAGUUUUGCAUUGCACAUGGAUUAUACGAAAAAUACGUACCGGUUGCUCUUUAAUAAAUUUCAGUAUGUAAACGCUUAUUUUCGUGAAAAAAUAACAGGUAUGCGUAUAAUUCCUGAUAAUUCUACGAGAAUUAUUUAAAUCAAUUCGAAAGUUUCUGCCGAAAGACUGAAAGUAAAGACUAAAAAUGAGAUUGGUGAAACCAAACUGGGUUAUUCACGAUGAUAACCCAAUAUUCUCGGUGGAUAUUCAUCCUGACGGGAAGAGAUUCGCCACUGGUGGACAGGGUGGCGAUUCAGGGCGGGUAGUAAUAUGGAACAUGGAACCAGUAACCGAUGAAGCUGCAGAGUUAGACCAAAACAUUCCAAAAAUGUUGUGCCAAAUAGACAAUCAUCUCGCCUGCGUGAACUGCGUACGAUGGAGUAGCGGUGGACUAUUAGCUUCAGGCGGCGACGACAAGCUCAUAAUGAUCUGGAGAUUAGCAGGAGGAGGUGGAGGCAGUUCCUUGUUCGGUGGGAAAGCGGGAGUUGAAACCUGGAGAUGUGUCGCCACUUUGAGAUCCCACGAAGGUGACGUUCUUGAUCUUGCAUGGGCUCCUCACAAUCCUUGGCUGGCUUCAGCCUCCGUUGACAACAGCGUCAUCGUGUGGGACGCCUCCAAAUUUCCGUCCAUCAUCGCCGUCCUAAAAGGUCACACGGGACUGGUAAAAGGUGUGACAUGGGACCCGGUUGGAAAAUAUUUAGCAUCCCAAUCUGAUGAUAAAACACUGAGAGUUUGGCGCACAACGGAUUGGGGUGAAGCGGCUCUAAUCUCGGAACCUUUUGACGAAUGUGGCGGCACAACUCACGUCCUGAGACUCUCCUGGAGUCCGGAUGGUCAGUAUUUGGUCUCUGCUCAUGCAAUGAAUGGCGGGGGACCGACGGCUCAAAUUAUCGAGAGAGAUGGAUGGACUCAGGAUAAGGAUUUUGUCGGACACAGAAAAGCAGUUACUUGUGUUAGAUUCAAUGGCAAUAUUCUGCAGAAGAAACAACCUGGUUCUUCAAAGCCACAGCAGUAUUGUUGCGUCGCAAUUGGAUCGCGGGAUCGGUCUCUUUCAGUUUGGUUAACUUGUCUGAAACGACCGUUAGUUGUGGUCCACGAAUUAUUUUCAAAUUCGGUGCUGGACGCUAGUUGGUCACCUUGUGGAAUGAAAUUAGCAGCUUGUUCCUGGGAUGGAACUGUUGUGUUUAUAGAAUUUUCUCAACAGGAACUGGGACAGCCGUUGGAUCCUGCGGAGCAAAGUAUUCUCCAUGAACGUUUGUAUGGAAAACCAUUGAUCCAAGGUGGAGGUUGCACGGUGAUGGAGGCUCCGGAGCUUCUGAACGUGAAGCCUCCCACUCCUCAGCCACAGCCUCAGUCAACCAAACCAGUGAAUUCGGUUCCAACUGUAACGACAUCAACACCAGUCAAGGCGCCUAUUAAUAAGCAGAUCGAAACAAGAACUUCAGAUGGCAGGAGAAGAAUCACUCCUAUGUUUAUUCCACCUCCGUCUGAUAUAAUGGAUAACACAUCCGGUGCAGGGGUUGGUGCUCCCACUUUCACGAGUACCUCCCAAACGAAAAGUUCAAUAAUCAUCGAAAAACGGGACGACAUCGUGACGCCCAAUGUCAGUUCCGCACUGAAUUCAACCUCAUCGAACACAGCAGCGCCAAAUUUGACCCUGAAGCGUCGAGAACAAGCGACACCGAAACCCCAUCAUUCCUCCCAGAGCAAAAAGAUCAAAUUUGCCUCGGAGAGGAGCGGAUCGCAAAUAUUUUUGCCAGCUUUGAAGCCUUCUAGUUCGCUGUCUCAACAGGCUGGCCAUUAUGCUGUCACUGUCAAGAACAGUCGAGGCUUGGCACAUUUACAGGUUUUCCGGGGCACUGAUUCCGAGCCUCUCUGGGAUCUUUAUCUAGGAUAUAAUGCCGUGGCUUUGGCGGCUUCUCCAGCCGUUAUUGUUCUGGCUCUGGAAGACGGAAGUGUUCACACGUUCCAUCCGGCGAAAGGCACUCGGCCAGCGCCACCGUUGGCGCCUCCGGCGCCACUUGCCAGGAUUCAUGCAGUUGGAUGUGCGGUGAUGGUGAUAUCAAGUUGUGGAGCCGUGAGAGUUUGGGAAAUAGGCAACACAUGUCGUCUCAUAGUUUCCACUUCUGCGGAUCACUUAGCCGCUCCAGGAACAUCCUUACUUUCUUGUACUUUGUACAAUGGAAUGCCACAUCUCGCAUUUACGAAUGCGAGGGCGUACAUAUACCACAAGGAAAUGGGUACUUGGUUACUAAUUGGCGACAGUCAAGAUCCGGUCUGGCGUUGGUCUGCGCACAACGCUUCGAGCUCAACCGGAAAUAGAGUUCCUAGAGGUCCUCUUUCGACUUUGCAAGAAGGAUUGCACAGAACUGCUGGUAGUACUCUGCCAAAUCCCAGAUUGCCUCACAGUGCUCCUUGUGUUGUUUCCUACCUGGAGCAACAACUGCUCGCUUCAAAAGCACUUGGGAGUGCUCAAGAGUACAACCACUGGCUGAUGGCACUCGUUUCCUUUUUAUUAACUCAAGAUGGUUUGGAAAAACGUCUGAGACUCAUUCUGGACGAACUAAUGGGCCCGAGUCACAGUUCCGCUAUUAAAAGCACCUGGGAACCCAAUAUACUGGGGAUAAAAAAGCACAAAUUGCUUGAAGACGUUUUAGGCGUCCUAGCUAAACAUCUUCGAUGGCAAAGAUUGUAUCUCGAAUACUCAGAACAGCUCACGGCUAUAAAAAGUGCUAGCUCAUAAAGAAAAAUUUAUUAUUUUUGUCAAAAAAAAAAUAAAAAUUUCUAUUUACAUUUGUACAGUGAAAGUUACGUAAGUGAAAUGAAUUCAAGCGAAUGCUUCUACAAUUAUGAUUUAUCACAAUUUAUGUCAAUUUAUGUUAGAUUAAAAGUGUGAUUUAUAUGAAAGUCUAAUGUACUUAUUCCGGAAGUAUUUGGAUUUAUUUAUCAUCUUUCAGUAUUGAAUAACUGCCAUGUCCGUCUUUUUAUAAAAAAAAAUCAUGUUCAGGAAAAGUGAGGAUUUGAUAAUAAAUAGACGAUAUUUUUAAACGACUGUAUUGCAUUUAUGUUCAUAGGAAUAUAUUAUAAUGUCGUAUAU